UGCGCCGCCCGGCGUUCGGGUCGCGCGGGUUCCUCGGCGGAGAUCCGUGAAGGUGACAGCGGGAGGUGACUGUGCUGGCCCCCGCGAUGCUGGCGGCGCGGCGGCUGCUCGGCGGGUCGCUCCCCGCGCGGGUGUCUGUGCGAUUCAGCGGCGACACGGCGGCGCCCAAGAAGACCUCCUUUGGGUCCCUGAAGGACGAAGACCGGAUCUUCACCAACCUGUAUGGACGCCAUGACUGGAGGCUGAAAGGUGCCCAGCGCCGCGGUGACUGGUACAAGACGAAGGAGAUCUUGCUGAAGGGGCCCGACUGGAUCCUGGGUGAGAUCAAGACCUCGGGCCUGCGGGGCCGCGGUGGUGCCGGCUUCCCCACGGGCCUCAAGUGGAGCUUCAUGAACAAGCCCUCGGACGGCAGGCCCAAGUACCUGGUGGUGAACGCGGACGAGGGGGAGCCGGGCACCUGCAAGGACCGGGAGAUCAUGCGUCACGACCCCCACAAGCUGGUGGAAGGCUGCCUGGUGGGCGGCCGGGCCAUGGGGGCGCGCGCCGCCUACAUCUACAUCCGCGGGGAGUUCUACAACGAGGCCUCCAACCUGCAGGUGGCCAUCCGAGAGGCCUACGAGGCCGGUCUGAUCGGCAAGAACGCCUGCGGCUCCGGCUACGACUUCGACGUGUUCGUGGUGCGCGGGGCCGGGGCGUACAUCUGCGGGGAGGAGACCGCGCUCAUCGAGUCCAUCGAGGGCAAGCAGGGCAAGCCGCGCCUGAAGCCGCCCUUCCCCGCAGACGUGGGAGUGUUUGGCUGCCCCACCACCGUGGCCAACGUGGAGACGGUGUCCGUGUCCCCCACCAUCUGCCGCCGAGGGGGCUCCUGGUUCGCCAGCUUUGGCCGCGAGCGGAACUCGGGCACCAAGCUGUUCAACAUUUCUGGCCACGUCAACCACCCGUGCACUGUGGAGGAGGAGAUGUCGGUGCCGCUGAAGGAGCUGAUUGAAAAGCACGCGGGGGGCGUCACGGGCGGCUGGGACAACCUCCUUGCUGUGAUCCCCGGCGGCUCGUCCACCCCACUGAUCCCCAAGUCUGUGUGCGAGACGGUGCUGAUGGACUUCGACGCGCUGGUGCAGGCCCAGACGGGGCUGGGCACGGCCGCGGUGAUCGUCAUGGACCGCUCGACGGACAUUGUGAAAGCCAUCGCCCGCCUCAUCGAGUUCUACAAGCACGAGAGCUGCGGCCAGUGCACGCCCUGCCGGGAGGGUGUGGACUGGAUGAACAAGGUGAUGGCCCGCUUUGUGAGGGGGGACGCCCGGCCGGCCGAGAUCGACUCGCUCUGGGAGAUCAGCAAGCAGAUAGAGGGCCACACCAUCUGCGCGCUGGGCGACGGGGCCGCCUGGCCCGUGCAGGGCCUGAUCCGACACUUCCGGCCGGAGCUGGAGGACCGGAUGCAGCGGUUUGCCCAGCAGCACCAGGUCGGGCAGGCCGCCGCCUGAGCCUGCUGCCCCGGCUGGUGUCCUCGUCCAGACGGCGGGACAAUAAAGCCAGUGCCGCCCACU